GAAUAAAAAAAAUAAGAGAAGAGGUCUGAAAGUGAAGGUGUCAACUCAAGUUAGGUAAGCGGCAUAGUAGAGGCGUCGUUUCCAGCUAUGAACGGCGCUCCGAAUGCUAUCGUUAAGGGUUCCGCCCAUCACAAUUCGUCGUCUCCAACCCUCAAUUUGGAUGCAAAAGCGCCACCGCCUGAUUCCUCCCUUCUUUUGCUUACUAAAUCUCCCAGAGAAGGAGUGUCUUACUGGGCAUGCUCAAAGCUUUGUGCAAUUUGCUUUGUUGCUGGAGUUGUUUUUGGUUAUACACUUAGAGGACGUGUUAAGCGUUGGGCUUCCGCACUUCUCAGAAAACUUUAGCUCACUAACAUAAAUGCUUUGCCCUAUGGAUGGAUCACUCUCAUUAUAUUAUAGAUAGUGGUUUUCAUUAGAAUUUAGCUUCCCACAAACAAUAGUUUUGCUAAAGAGUUCAGUGAUACUGAUUUAUUAUGCUUCAUUUCAAUUGAGUUAAAGUUGAAAAUUGCUUCAACAAAAACAGCUUGUUUAUUUCAAGUUCUUGUGUUCCUUAUUUUUGGUUUAUAUGUCAUGUCCCAACUGGAUUAUGUUUUCCACUCAAUGUGGACAUCAUCAUUGCAUAGUUUUCUACCAC